AUGGCGCCCUGUGGGGAGACAGAUGCGGCAAUGACAGAUAAGAGUGUGCUCACGCCGGGCAGCCUCCGAGCCGUUUAUUCAGGCUGGAGCCCCUUUAGUUCGGUUCAUCUGGAGGAGAGAGGAGGAUCAGGUUCAUCCUCAGGUGGUGAUAACUUCAGCAAGAUGAGGUUUGAAAUCUGAUCACUUUAUCAAAGUGAUAAAGCUUAUCACGGCUGAAUCCUUAUGAAAACAUGAUGGAUUGAUCUGCCGCUUAUCUACAGCAAGGCAAGGACGAAGACACACCCACAACACACCGAAGGGUUAUUUUACAAGGUCAGUUGUUUUAUCCAGACAUUUUUCUUUGGAGUGUACCAUCGCUAUGAAGUCACUAAGCUGACUCCUUUCCUUGACCACUAGCCUCCUCCUCCUCCUCAGCACCUGGGUUUGAACAUGGUGAGCUGUGCUUUUGAGCGGUCCUAUUUCCCAUUGUUAUACUCUUAAGAUAUUGUGAGAUGAGUCUGUGUCUGAACUAAGAUGCUCCUGAUCUGAAAAGAUUGGCGUAGAGUAGGAGAUGUGGUUUCAGCACCAUGGACAGCGCUGUUCCUGCAUCCUGCCUCUCAAACCUACGAUAUUUAGUUUUGUCAUGAUAUCAAUGCGCCAUGUGCACGAAAAUCUUCUGAUCAUGCAGCUUCUUUAUGAGUUAUGAGCCCUAACAGCGCCCUCUCAUUAUGUAUGACUCUCAGACGAGGGUCUUGUAUAUCCAGGACCCUUCUGUGGUUAUUUUUGAGCCAUUCAUACCACCCAACACCUCUCAGAAGUAAAGAAAAGGCCCGUCAAGGUAGCAUGUUAAGUGACCUGAAAGCAGAGUCUAAGGGACAGUGUUGACCGGUAGACAUUUUGCUCUACCGUUUACACCAGAGAGAGAGAGCAGAUGUCUGCCACCUCUCUCUGAGUCACUGUUGUCUGCGCUCGCUACCAGGAAAACCAGAAUGCAUUGGUUUGGGUGCUUUUCCCUAUAUUUACCAGCAUGUCCAGCAGACUGCUUGUCAUAGUUUCAACGAAGAAAAAACGCUUCACUGGUGGUGGACAUGGCGGAUGUGGAGAUUAGUGGCAGUACCGAGCAAACGGAGGCAUCCCGACCCACCGAACACGAGGAAGAGGAGGAGGAACUCAUCCUGAAAAAGGGCGCAAGUCGUGACAUCGGUUGUCUGGAGAUUCUUUGGAUUUAGAAAAUUCGACAACGAUCAAAAACAACACUAUGUCAAGAGUGUCGUGUGGCUGUCGUUGCUGGAGGUGGAAACACCAGCAACCUCUUCCACCAUCUAAAGAUAAAACACGCCAAGCUCCAUUAUUAGAGCCAAACGAUUCGUAACACACCCGCUGCACCAAAAACUAAAGUUGCAGCAGCUCCUCUCAUAUAAAAAAGCUUGGCAGGGUUUAAAUAAAAAGGAAAAUGAAAAAAUGCGUCAGUAUGGUUAUUUUUGAGCCAUUCAUACCACCCAACACCUCUCAGAAGUAAACAAAAGGCCCGUCAAGGUAACAUGUUAAGUGACCUGAAAGCAGAGUCUAAGGGACAGAUGGUUGAAGUCUCCGACAGAACCUGACUGAAUCCUCAUCAGUCAAAUCGUACCAUAAGUGCCGCCAACCUUCCCCUGCCCUCAGCAGCUUCACAUGCCCUUCCCUCGGGGUAAAACACUCCCUCCCUCUUGACUGUCAGGUCCCGAGGCCAGACCCCGCACUCUCCUCCCGCCUCCUCUGCUCUGCUCUCUAAGCUGACCUAGUUUCUCCACACCGCCACCGAGUCAAAGUCGAGGAAACGCAGAGAGGAACCCUGACAGUUUCAUAGAGAAGAGAGGAGAGAGGGAUAUGAGCACAGGAAGACAGGAGCAGAGAAAGAAACCUGCCCUUGAGGGAGCGAGACAGCUCUGGGUUUUACUGAAUCCUUCUCCCAAAGAUAAGGAUUAGCUUUGAUCUGACAUAAAUGCUUUGUGGCUCAAUAUUCCCAUACACGCAGCUUCUCUCCCUCUCCCUCCUGACUCAGAGCUUUUCCUCUCCUACUUUACAUCAAUUCCUCAUAUUUUACACCGGGUUAUUUCUCUCUGAGUCCUCCCCUGUCCACAUCGACCAUUAUACUCAUUUUCUACAUGUCAAGGACCAGAAUGAACCUGCAGGAUUAAUACGAUAAAAAUGAAGAAGCAUCAAUAUUAGCCGGUGCAAUUACCAAACCGCAUAAGGCAGCAAUAUCCAACGCAUGGAGAGUCGUUUCCAAAGGGUUUGACGGGUUUAUUCUGAGAUUUAUCAAAUCCAGCCUCACUUUAGUUAUCCAGUUAAACAAACCAAAUACUGUCAAAGACCAGGACGUAGUGUCAGUAACACUUUCUGAAGUUAAGGUCUGAGGCAAGGGCUGGGCGAUAUGGCCUCAAAUCAAUAUCAUGAUAUAUUGAUCAGUUCACCUUGGUGACAAAAAAUGGACGAUAACUACUCCACAAACUGCUCACCCCCUCCCACAUUAACUUCGUCUACUUCGGCCGCUACAACUCUUGAACCGUCCUCCAUCUCCUCACCUGUCUUUCCCUCUUUGUUACGGACUGGAUGGGGUGGAGUCACAUCUCUGACGUAGGACAGCGUCUUAAAGAGACAUGAGACCAUAGCCUACCUACACACAUCCAAAACCAACUUUGAUUUAUUUAUUUAUUUAUUUGACACCGAAUAUACCGAUAUGAGCAAAAUGAGGUUGGUUACUUUCGUAAAUUUCGGUACUGGUAAAUUGUCAGUUUUUCCCUCAGCCCUAUCUGAGGCCUAGAUAUAAUAUUUCUGAUGGAUAUUAUACAUGUAUACAUGUAUUCACUAUGAACAACUUGGCUCCGCCUCUCUUCAUUUUAUUGUGCACAUUCGGUGGAAGAGCUGCCAAGAGUCAUUGUGAUAAACAAAGAGCGUAUCCCCCGGGUGAGCUACGCAAUCUUCAUACGCCCAUAGGCUGUAUCGGGUGUCAAUCAUAGAAAACAUGAACCCUCUAAUAACUUUUGAAAACAGAGCUGUACAGAAAAAAGAGGACUUGAGCACAAACCAGUCUGACAAUAACUACAUGUCAACAUCACAAGCAGGGGGGAGAAAAAUGUGUAUUAUGUGUAAUUCAUUUCUAAAGUUUGUCCACAGCUCCAUAGGAAUUGUUGGGAGGGAUUUAUGACCUAUACUGCAGCUCACCACCAGAGGGUGCUGUCCAUUCUAUAUAUAGUCUUUAGUAUUAUAUAGGAGAAUCCCGAUACAACUUUUUGACUUCCAGUAUGAAACCAAUAUUGUAGCCUUCAAUAUUGACUGAUACCAAUACUGAUCUGAUAUUGGCCCAAAAUUGUACAUGACGAGUUUUGCACUCAGUUGCAAUUUCUUUUUCAGACUUAAACACUCUUACUCCCUGCUACGUUGUCAGUACCUCAGUACACACUGUUGUUGUGAUCAUGUGGGCUCAACAUGCUGGAUCUGGGUGCUGCUAGAUGGAGGUGCCAGAGUGGAGUCUGGAAUGGACUGCUUGUAUCACAGCGCUGAUAUCAGAGAUUUUAGAUGCAGGCUAAUAUAAUCCGAUAUUUGUUUUUUGGCUAAUAUCGGACCGAUAUCAAUAGUAUUAUAACACCGGUCUAUACCAGCUGACAGCUCAACCAAUGAGCUUCAACUUGUCCAGUUGUUCUUGCUGCUUCCUCCACAGUCUGAUCUUGCCAGUCAUGUUCAAAAAUUGAUUUAUUAUGUAAAUCCAGCUGAACCUGGACUCUUAAAAAUGAGAGUUUGUGUUCUGCAUGAGUUUGCAUGUUCAGAGCUUUUAAGUUGCUGGUUUUUGUCAUUGUUCGUUGAUUCUUCAUAGCACAGCUGGAGUAAAACAACCAGAAAAUAACCUGUUUUUUUCCUGCAUCAUCCUCGCUCCUGUCAUUUCCUCUCUGCGUUGGUUGAAAAUAUAUUGGCGUUCUUUUAAACAAAGCGCCAGCACUUUUUGAUGCUAUUGAACAUAAAAACAUCAGGGAUUGAGCGAAUAACAGCAAAUCAAUGACGAAUACGAGCACUUUUAGUAAUUGGAGCAAUCUCACAACAGCUGGCUGAAGCUGUUUCUGAAUUUUUAAAGCCCCAAAAAUACAAAGAAUAUGGGGCCCAGGUGUCCAAAAACCACCUGCUUCCAAGUGUUAAACUUGAGGGUGUCAUCCAGAGAUUAUCAGUGUUCGGUUAAACGUCUUCUAUCGGAGGACAUGAUGCUCACUCGUGAUUGUUUGACAGAACAAUAAAACGAUGUCAAGCUGUUUCAUUUUUCUCUGAAUCGGAAGAAAACGCUGGAAGGUCAGGAAACAACAACUGGAGGAGCAACCUCGGCUGCAGCUUAACAACGUGAUUUAUCUGUUCGGCCCAGCUGUAACCAGGCCAACCUGCAUAAAAGUGACCCAUUUUUUUAGCCACACCUCCACAGAAAGAAGGUCCAGGGACAGGUUUGGAUGUUGUUAUCCAGAGACGGUCUGAUUUAAAUGGUAUCUCUUAAAAAUGAGCCGUAUCUAAACAAUAGAAAAGGAUCAUUUGAAGGAAAUUUUGAGUAUUAUUGAGUCUGAUCUGUUUCUGUCGAUGCAUGACUCUUCAUAAAUCUACCAGAGUGGUUAUGUAGAGUCAUCCCGGGUUCAGGGAAGGACAUAUGAUUAAGUAAUGAUACAGACUGACCCAGUGUUGGCACCCAACAAGCCCGGGGUCCUCUGAGAGUUACCAAACAGAAAAUACACACACACCAAGAGGACAAAACAGUAACACACACACACACACUCCCCAGGGACAUCCAUGUAAAAUCAGCUAAGGCCCGGGUUCACCCGUCCUCGCAGACAGACGUUAAAAAUAACCGCCACAGACAAAGGGACAAUCACACACACAUGGAAACACACAAUCUGACACACACUCUGUCUGAGGAAAACCAGUUCAUCUGCAAACAUGAGCUCAUGAGAGGAAGUGAAAUGUCACUAAAGGGACAAUGUGAUGUAACUGUUCUUAUUAUUUACAUGUGCAAACUACAGUAAGGAUGAGACGGUUGAUGUGACGAAAUGACCAAAUGACCAAAUGAUGAAAUGACGUGACCAGAUGCGACGCAACGAUGAGAGGCAGUCAACGGAAAUGACAAACAAGGAGUCAAGGAAGGAAUUGUGGCUCAAAGGCAAGAACAGGAUUGGUCCAAACUACUGUCAUGUGCAACAUAAUAACUGUUGUGUUGAGAAUAGCAGCUCUACAAAUUCGACAAGCGACACGCUAUCUUUCUGUAAAAUCCACUCGCUCCGUGAGACCGGCAGCUUUCUGACAAUGAAGUCAGAGUGUUUCUGAAACAUCUAGAGACUUUUCCUUCGAUCAAAAUAGUCAGUAUAAGAUUUGGCUGUAAAGGAGCAGCCCUGCAAAAAAACAGGGCUCAGUUUUGCCAAACCCUAACCUCUCAAUUCCAUUUUUGAUACUUUGGGACACAACUGGAUUGGAUAUGAGUUUGAUAUUUAUCUGUUUAAUUGGAUAUUAAUAAGGUAACAGUUGUAGGUGACAGAAAUUCUCAUAUCUUUCACUGUUAUUUCAAGUGAAGUCCAGAAUAUUAUGAAGGAUGGUGCAUUGUCCGCUGUUAAUGCUUUUGAAUGCGUCAAACAUAACCGGAUUAAAAAGCGCAUAUGAAGAUCUAUCCGACUGUUUGUGGGUUCAAUAUUCUAAUGAACUCCAUUAUCCUCCCCACAUUCAUUUACUUUAGAUGGCAGAUAAAUGUGUUGCGCCGUGAUGGAGGUGUUGCAUGUGUUGGUAUUAAGCUAAUUGCAUGUCACUUCUGUAAUAGAGGGUAUGAAAUUAAUCUCAUUAUCUUUCUUCUGUCUUUUCUUUGUCCAUCAGCGAAUUAAAGCGAACGUUGGAACAAAACUAUGUGACUCCUGAUGUGGGAUAUUUACGGCAGCAGUAAUGUUCCAGCACAAACAAACAUGUCUCAUCUAUUGUCUCUCCUCGUAGUUUGAUCCGCGGGCACUGUGCUGAGCCAGCAUUUGCAUAUUAGUUGGUGUUCUUACUUCUUCACCCACACAUCAAAUAUCUGGACGGGAUUCAACACCAGAGCCAGAGCACAUUUGGAGGCUCUGCAGCCUGAGACUAAAGGGCACAGCAGCUCCUUCCUGUGAGUGCGAGCCAAUCCUGGACUCAUCAAUUAACUUAAACUGCAGCUCAUUUUUCAUAUACGUUUAAUGGUAACUGCUCAGGCGAGGAGGGCAGGGAGCCGUUUGUCCUUGACUGAGGUUGUUCUGUAAAGUAUGGAUAUAUAUGUGUCGAUGUGCUGAUCCUCAUUUCUUUAAAUAGGCUGUUUGGAUGAAGUCUGGUUUCAGGGUCAAGUUCAGUCUGGGUUCAGGACAGACAUUUAGGAUUUAAUGGGAGGUUAUGGUGUAAAGAUAUGAUUGUGGUUUUUCAUCAGUGGAUGCAGGGACAGACGAUAAAUUUUGGAGGUGAUUUUGAGACCAUGCAGUGACUUCCACUACAGAGUCAUGUCUGUUUUGUCAUGUUUGUAAGAGACAUUGAAAAAGACGCUUUAUGAACUAUCGACUACUUUUAAAUUCUUUUAAGCCUUAAAGAAACAGAGUUUUAUUCAGGAAGUAAAAGGCCAAUAACUACCAUAUAAGGAAGUGUGGACAUGUGCUUCUUGAAAGAGAAAAAGAAACUUUUCAGAUGCAGAUUUACGUUAUUUUGGGUGAAGUGGAUUUAAAAAAUAAUAAGUUUAAUCGGUGUGACACUCCCUUUGGUACGUUCUGUAACAGUCCCAGUCCCUGCGAGGGCUUCAUUAUAAACCAGCUCUUAUUAAAGGGAUAUUCCAGCGAAAAAGGAGGUAACACUGUAACACUGAGUUAGACAUCGCAUGGAAAUACAAUCAGACCGAGAUGUUAGGCAAAAGAACUACCAUGUCUGCAGUACAAAUGAUAAAUAUGAUCAUUAUUACUUCAAGGAAAUGAUAAAGAAAUGAUCAUAAAUGUUCUUCCUUGAGAUGCGGCACCCAGCUGCAGUCGAUGGACUCGCCCAGAGGUCUCCGUACAAACAAGCGGCUGCUGGAAGAGAGUAGGUGAGUUGUGUUUAGUCUCUUUGCUAAAGAAAUUAGUCAAAGUUAAAAAGAUGUUUGGUGUCUAGUACUAUGACUGUGACCCUAUAUGUCCUGCUGAUGAAGUUAGGUGCUGUUCUGAGCAUUAUUUGUGGCUAUAGAGUGGUGUUUUGGUUGAGCGCGUAGCUCUCUGUUCUGCUAUCCUGCGGUCGUCACUAAAGUUGGUAUAACUAGAGAAGCAAGCAGUCGGCAACAUUCAUCUCUGGAGGGGGUGUCUUACUCGGUGUUAGCGUCUGUUUGACCCUUACUUAAUUUUACGCCGGAAUAUCCCUUUAAACACAUGUACAGGUCGAGUUAAAAUAUGUGCAAAUCCACAAGAAGGAUAUUUGCAAAUGUAAAAAGUCAGUGAUGGUGUCUGAAAAAACUGAGUGUUAUUUUCUGUAUGUUGUUGUAAUUGAGUUUGCUUGUAUAUUCAGCUCUGCAGAGUCUGACAAAUGAUGCAUUGUUUUUGUGUAUAUUUGUGUGUAUAAGUGUGUGUGUUUGUGUGUUCCCAGCACAGAUGGAGCCCCUGAUACAGGCCUGUGCAGCCGACCACUGCAGGACACAUUAUGGCAAUUUUCAGCCCGAGGAGCCUGCGAGCGUCAGAGCUGGCGGGGCUGCAGGAUGAGUUCGACCCCACACACACACCCAUCCGAGCGUGACACAAACGCCUGCACCGCUGGGACGCCGUCCAAACCUGAGAAGAAGAGGUGA